GAGGGGAAGGGAAGGGAGUUUUGUCGACUGCUUGUGGUGUACACAGACACUGUGAACGUAAACAUUGUAAACAUGGCCUCAAUCGAGAAAAACGCGACGCAACUUGCGCCCCAGCCCAUUGUUAAAAUUGGCCACUACACUCUGGGCCAAACACUCGGCGUUGGUACCUUCGGGAAAGUUAAAAUUGGAGAGCAUCAGCUUACCAAACAUAAGGUUGCAGUCAAGAUUUUAAACAGGCAGAAAAUCAAAAGCCUUGAUGUUGUUGGAAAAAUUCGAAGGGAGAUUCAAAAUUUGAAGCUUUUCAGACAUCCUCAUAUUAUCAAGUUGUACCAAGUAAUAAGCACUCCUACUGACAUUUUCAUGAUUAUGGAAUAUGUGUCUGGUGGAGAACUGUUUGAUUAUAUUGUGAAGCAUGGCAAGCUGAAGGAACAUGAAGCUCGUAGAUUUUUCCAACAAAUAAUAUCUGGAGUAGACUAUUGUCACAGACACAUGAUUGUACACAGAGACUUGAAGCCAGAAAAUCUUCUUUUGGACCACAACCUUCAUGUCAAGAUUGCUGACUUUGGUCUGAGCAACAUGAUGAUGGAUGGAGAGUUCCUUCGCACCAGUUGUGGCUCACCAAAUUAUGCUGCUCCAGAAGUUAUUUCAGGAAAAUUAUACGCAGGACCAGAGGUUGACAUUUGGUCUUGUGGUGUUAUUCUGUAUGCUCUGCUUUGUGGAACUCUCCCCUUCGAUGAUGAGCAUGUACCAACAUUGUUCCGGAAAAUUAAAUCUGGAAUAUUUCCUAUUCCGGACUAUCUCAACAAAUCUGUGGUCAGCCUGCUGUGCCAUAUGAUGCACAUUGACCCUAUGAAAAGAGCCACUAUUGAAGAUAUUAAGAAACAUGACUGGUUCCAAAAGGACCUACCCGCUUAUCUUUUCCCAUCACCAGUUGAACAAGACUCCUCAGUCAUUGACACUGAUGCAGUCACCGAAGUUUGUGAGAAAUUUGCUGUUAAGGAAAGUGAAGUGCACAAUGCUUUACUCAGUGGAGAUCCACAUGACCAACUUGGCAUUGCAUAUCAUCUUGUUAUUGACAACAAACGAAUUGCUGACGAAGCAGCUAAAGCUGAACUCAAGGACUUUUAUGUCGCAAGUAGCCCACCCCCUGUGCAGUUUGAGUUUAGUCCAUCUCCUGUUCGCCCUCACCCAGAAAGGAUUGCCCCUACUUUCCGUAGCCGUGUUGCAAGCAUAGACAGAGGUUCACAAGGAGACACAGCUGUUCGCUCUGCUCCUGUGAAAAGGGCUAAGUGGCACUUAGGUAUACGUUCACAGAGUAAACCAAAUGAUAUAAUGAAUGAAGUGUAUCGUGCCAUGAAAGUGUUGAAUUUUGAAUGGAAAGUUAUCAAUGCCUAUCAUGUACGAGUCCGACAGGAAUCAAUCAGUAGCCCUGACAAGUACAUAAAAAUGUCUCUUCAGCUUUAUCAAGUGGAUUACAAAAGUUACCUCCUAGAUUUUAAAAGUCUCAGCUCAGAUGAGCCAGAGUGCAAUUUAGCAGAUACUAGCUCGGUGGCACCUACCCAAAGUACAGGUCAUCACACAAUGGAGUUCUUCGAAAUGUGUGCUGCCCUCAUUACCCAAUUAGCUCGCUGAUAAUUUGUUGCUUGGUGGAGAUUCUCCUUGUUAAUACAUCAGUUUUGUCUUCAGUGUUUUGACAGAUCUUCUCAGCUCUGUGAGUUAAUUCGUUAAGCCAAGUAAUCAAUUUGCUUUUUGUUCUUUUCUUUUUAAAAACUCAUCUGCUCUAGACCUUGGAAAAGCGAAACAAUGUAGAUUUUAUUUUCAUGGAGAUGUGGACAAAAAGAAUGCCAUUUGAAUCCCUUCUUCAAAGAACCAACCAAAGAAAAAAGUUAAAAAAAAAAAAAAGCAAGCAGCCUGAAACCUGUGAUAGUAGUACAAUUGGGGUACGUUAUCCAAGCAUGUUGCAGAGAGAUAUUUGGUUACAAAUAAUACUAUGCCCUAAUUGGUGUUGUGAUAUUUGCCUUGAAAGAUUUUCCCUGCAUUUUUUUCUCACCGGUAAAAUCAAUCAAUUUGGGCGGAAGGUUUUAUGUUGUGGUAGUAUCAGCGUGUAUUUGUGAUCUACAAAGGGGAGGCAGUUCUCUCAGAAAUAUGUUAUUUUCAUCAUUUUUUUAUUGUUAUGAGAUUGUUGCCCAAGUCAUAGAGGAAUCUGUUACAUAGCUCACUCCUUAUUUUAUUUUCCUCUUUUGAAAUUGUUAGUGACUAUUGUAUUUAUAUUAGAAGAAUAAUGAAUUCUAUGGUGACUCAGUUGAUAAUCUUACUCUACUCCAAUUAAAGUAUUUUAUCGUUCAUUACAUGUACUUCAAAAAUAUGUGUUCCAUGCAACAUAAAGUGUACUGAAUGUGAUAUGCUGCUCCUUGUUCAAAUUUGCAUGCAUGGAACCUUAAAAAUCAAUAAAAUUCUAGCAAAACACCAAA